AAUCGACAACAUGCUUUAAAAAUGGCGCGUAGUGUGUAUCAUAGGAAUGGAGUGAUUUGUGGAUAUACUUUGAGCAGUUAGCAUGAAGAACCAUGGAGGAAACACCAAAGUCUAAGCGACGUUCCAGACUUACAAAGGGUAGAGUAGUAAAAAAUAAAUCCAGCUUGAAAGAAUGUACACCAACAAAGGCAGUACCUCCAAAAGAUCAUAGCACUCCAUUGGACUGUAAGAAAGUUUCAAGUACUUCAGCAACAAUAAGUGAUGAACAUAAAGAUGUCACUGAGGAUGAAGAUGAUGAAUGUAGCCCAUUUCACUUUUACUGCACACAGGAUACGUUGGCUGUGGGGUGGGAUUGUGGCUCCCCACAACAGAGACCCAGCAAAAGAUUAGAAUCAAAAGUUAAGAGAAAACUCACUAAAGGAAAUUCAUUUACACAGAAGAAACAGAGCUUGAAAUCAUGUUCACCCAUCGAACCAUUACGUCCAAGAAGAAGAUUUAACAUAGAGAAACCGACUGGUGAUCUUUCGGAGCUUAUUCCACAGUUGCAGUUUGUAGCAGAUCUUGUUAAAAAGAUAAAAGAUCAGGAUGAUGGAACAACACAAUGCGAUGAAAGUUGUGCAACAGAUGGUAGAAAAGAGGAUGGUACAGUUAGUACUGUGAUGAAGGCAGAAGGAUGUAGUUCAUUUUGCAGUAAGGAAGAAAAUUUGGCUGUUAAUGCACCAAAGAAUGGAAAAGAACUGAUUUCAAAUGAUAAACAAAAGGUGGAAAGGGCCCAUAUUGUGUCACCUCAUCAAGACUUGGAUUUGUUAAAAGAGAAGCAGCAAAACAUAGGCUGUGAGACUUUUUCUGCAUUGUUGGAUGAUGAUGCAGAUCAGUAUAUGCUGCGUUGCUCCCAGGAGGUAGAAGAAAACUUAAGUAAAAACAUUACUGUUGUUUGUGGUGAUAACUCAGAGCUGCUGUUACCUGAUUACAAAAACAGUGAACUUUUUUCUGUAGAAUCUAAAGUUAGAAGUCCAGAUAUUUGCAGACCAGAUAAAAAUAGUCCAUUCCAUGUUAAGCUUAAUAGUAGUGGCUCUAAGAAAGCAAACAGUCCGAAAGUCGGAACUAAGUAUUAUGUACGAAUUAAAUCGGGAACACCAAAAUAUUCUAAAAAUGAACAUGGCCAUUCUCGGUCUUCAGUUAACCAUUCAGGUGCUACAGUGCGAAUAUGUCAUACUAGAACUAACACAGAAUCAGCAGUAAUCAAUUCUGUGCCUUCUAAUACAAAUGAGUUUGCAUUUGAUGACUCAUUUGAUGCUGUGAUACAAAAUUUAUCAGAGGAGGAUAUUGAAAUGUUGAGUCAGGGUCAGAUCGUUGACAAAAAGAAUGCAAGAAAGAUAACUGGCACAAAUAUUUGUAAACCAACCUCUCAAAAAGUGGAGGACAAAACUGAGAUUAACUGUAAGAGAGGGAGCAUACAGAGAUUUGCAUCAGGACAGUUGUCUCCUACCUAUAGACUGACAGGUAACAACCGACCACUUAAUCAGGUUAACAGCAACAGGCAAAUGAAUAGUGUGAAUCAAGGACCUGCACUGCGUGAAGUUUCUGCACCUAGGGUUAAUAAAAUGCAGUUUCUACUAAAAGUGCCCUCUGCGAUGUGUAGUAAUCGCAGGUUAUCGGAUUGCUCACGCCCAGAUUCACCUGUUCAGUUCAGUGAGCCACAUUUUAACAAAGACAUACCACUUGUAAAGAAUAAAUUGUUUGUUACACAACAGAGACCAAGUGAUAGUGCACAUGUGAAGAAUAGUGACGGUGUUCAGCCGAAUUCCUCUGCCAUCUCUAAUUCACUGGCACUUAAUGUCGUGCCAAAAUCAUCACCACAAAAGUAUACACCAGAGGAGAUACAGAAGAAACGACUAGAAGCAAUAAAGAAACUAGAAAUGAAGAAGAUGACCAUGUUGUGUGAAAAGGAUAAGCAUUGUCAUCUUUCUAAGGGUCCCUGAGCAGAUAAGAUGUGCACACCAUAUGUAACAUAAUAUCAUUUUGUACCACAAAGUGUGUUAUGGUACAAGCUUUCAUAACUUUCUGUACUUCAGCUGGUAACCUUCAGUUUCAGGUUUCAUCCAAAAUCAGUUGUUGGUCUUUAUCUUACUAUACAUUGAUUAAUAUCAGGGAAGAAAUGCUAAGUUACUAAAAAUCUUGCUUAUUGGAAGAUUUCACAGGAUAAUAGAUACAAGUGCUGGAGAGGUGAAAUGCGUACAAUUUUACUGUAUGAAAAAUAUAUUAAUUUUUAACUUGAAGCAUGUAUUUCUCACAUAUAGGAAACCUUUGUUCUGCCUGAAAGGUGACUAGAAAAUACCAAAUCUUUGUCUGUUAAAAAACAUUGAACUAUUUAGAAAGAAAACUGUGGGCAUUUUUAAAUUAGACUUAAUGUAAGCACUGAACUCGUGUUUUCAGUAGUGAGUCUUCACCAUUGUGUAACAGAAAUACAGUACACCCUUAAGAGAUGUUGGAUUAGAGGUCCUUACAGUUGUGACUAUGAAUAGUACAUUUGGGUUUUAAUGCCAUACGGUUCAGAAAAAAUCCUGUUUUUCAGAGAAGCAUAUAGAACGUCUAUCUUCACGAUCGAAGAGUAAGCCAAAAACAAACCAGCAGCACCUCAGCUUGUCAACUGCUUCUGGUGUCUUGCUAGGCAUACUCUUCAGUCUUGAAGAUGUAGGCAGUAUUAUUCUGUGAAACACUGUGCUUUCUCUGGACUACACGGCAUUCCAACCCAUAAUGCACUACACUUGUAUCGUAACCAAAGUUAUGGUGCUGCGGUUAGCAUCUUUACCUUUAUUUGGAAGGGGAUCCUGUAUCAUAAUUUUCUUCAAUUGUUCAAGUUAAGUUCCAUGAUAAUACUGUAAAAUAUUCAGUUCCCACUACUAACAUGUUUUCAUACUCACAUUCUGUAAAGUUUUCCAUCCUCUUGACCCAUGUUUGGAGGCAGAGGUACUGCUUAUUUUAUGAUAUUGCCACAGACUAGUGUUUCCUCACAUUUUCAAUAUUUUGCCUUUCAUAAAGGUAAAGGUUUCAAUCAGUGAGCAAAACUCUCUGACUGAGAGUCCAGUGCCUUAUUUUGAGAUGAACAGGUCCCUUUCCAUGUGUUUGCGUAUAGUUUUGUGCACAGUAGAAAAUUUUUAUCUCAAAAAGAUUUCAAGGAAUUGGGUUUGAGAUGUAAAAUUUUUGCAGGAAGUCUUUUUACAUUUUCUUAAUAUCAGCUGUAAAUUAUUCUGAUACUAUUUUUAUCCUAUUUCUUUAUGUCAUUUGAAAUGAAUGCCAUAUGAUAAUUAGAAAUGAAAGUUACUGAAAAAUGUAAUUGAAGUUUCAGUAAGUUUGCAUUACAUAAUAAUAUAGAAACUGAGUUUUCAUCUUAUUCUGUGUAUAGUAUAUCAGAUACUGUAAAUAAACAAGUUGCUAAAAUGAUGCUCCUAAGAAAUAAAUUGUAGUGUGUGGUUUGUAUAUACUCAGCUGAUAUUGUUCGCAGAGUAGCUUUCAGAAGAGUGCCUGAAGAAAAUAUACUUCACAGUUACACUGAAAAGAGAUUAUUAAAUUGUGAAAACAUUCCUAUUGUUAAAGUAUUAUUAUGUGUUAUCUUGUUAAAUUGCCCCGUAAAAUAGAGAUAUGUUGUACAGUUCAUCGUUGAUACUGAUUUCUUUAGGAGAAUAGAAUCACCUCUUCAAAUAUAAGAUUAAAAAAGUCAUACAGUAAAAUUAUAAUUAAGCAAGAAAACUGUCAUUUUGCAUUCAUCGACUAUAUGAAUAUAAGUGAGAUUUUGUUGUAUGUUAUUUAAUUUGCUUUCUGAAUAUUUGCAACAAGUUGGAAAUAUACCAGUGUAUGUAUAUGCUUUAAGACUCAGUGAAUGAUAUUAGAUUUUCUGGGUAAUUUUCUACUUAAAUUUUACUUGAUACUGGACUUGAUCAAUUAUUGUAACAGGAUUAUAAGAUUCAUUUUCUGUGUAAGUAGAAUCAUUCUAGUGAAUCUUAUAAAAUUAUCCUUGGUACUGAUUAUAUUGGUUUCUGAAAUUGUAUGAAGAGUUUAGUACUAUUCUGAAUUAUUUUAGGAAGAGUCUGAUUUCUAUGAGGAUCUGUUGUUCAUGUGUUAAGUAAUAUAUUACUUUCACUUUUUCAAGAAGAGAGAAUUUCUGUUGUGUGUAAUGCGAAAUAAGUUAGGAGGUUAAUUAAAUGUGUUGCAGUGGUAGGUAAACAUGUAUCAUGUGAUAAAUGUUGCAUAAUAUUACAGUUCAAAAAUUAUAUUUUGAUUAUGUUAUUUUCAUUAUUUUAAAUACAGUGCGACCUCUCAUAAAGAAUACAAUCUUAUGGGAUGUGUCACCAUGUCCCAUGUGUUGUAACCCACAUUCCUCCAAAAUGUAGAUGAACUACCGAACUACAUGGUGUCAUAUCCCAGAAGAUAGUACUGUUCAUAGCCACCACUAUGAGAACCUCAAAUCCAGCAUUUCUUUCUUAGUUCUAAAACCCUCAUAUUCUUUUCCAAUCUGAAUGUUAUAGCAAAUAAAGCAGAUGUUUCACAUGUCAA